AUGUCACUUCGUUUUGCCAUUUUAACGCUUCUUUCAGCUGUUGGCGAGUUACCUGUCGAUGUGAAAAAGUGUCGCUUUGGUAACGAAACCUGCCUGAUUGAGAGCCUUAAUGGUUAUAUUCGGGCAUUCGCCAAAGGAUAUCCCAAACUGGACUACCGGCCCUUCGACAAACUCCCCAUUUCGGAUCUUGUGGUAUAUAAUAGUUCCCAAAAUCUGCCCGUUUGGAUGACCUUCUCUGUGAGGAAUCAAGUUCUAAAGGGCCUUGAGAACGCGACCGUACUUUCUGUGAAAGGAUUUAAUCGCGAUCCCACCAAGACAAUGAUUAUAAUAGGAGUUCGCAUUCCAUGA